UUCUGUGCUGCUUUGUGGGAAAUGCUUUGGGAUUCAGGUGUCCCAGAAAAUGUCAGGAAUUCAGGCUGCACAGCUGCUCCGUGCUGCUGUGUCUCAGGUUCUGGUAGAACCCUGCCAGCAGAUUGCUGAGCAGCUCCUGCUAGGAAAAAGAAGCACAAACCAGCCCCUGACAAAACCCUCGCUGCUCCACGAGGCUGGGAAAGUUUUUAAUGAGGCGAGAACCGUAAUUAACCCACAGAGCUGCUUUGAAGAAGCUUCCAAACGACUCCUCCUUGUGAUGGCAGGAAAACCAUUUCCCCAAAUCAAUUUCUAAAUUUCAACCUGCGGCUGUUUAGUGGAACGAGAACCGAGCUGAGGGAUUUGUUUUCCAUCCCCAGAGCAUCAGGAAUUCAGGAAUUAGGCAUUUUCCCUGCUGCCUUCACUGCAGCCCAUUCCCGGAGCGUUCUGCCGAGGCAGGAACAUUUUCCAUCCGCGGCACUCGGAGUGGGAGCUGCAUGGAAUUACUGCCAGUGGAAACUAUGCUGCAAGAGGCUGGGCAGCAGCUGCCCCGCUCAGCUCAGCUGGAUUUUCCAUGCUCCCAGUAAUUAGCAGAGGGAAGCUGACUAAUUACUGACGUCACCUCUUUCCAGUCCCGCUUACAUUUUGUUCCCGACUCCCUCCAAGCACGCGGGACUCUGCUCAGGAAUUCGCUGUCACCCACAGGAUGCUCGGGGAGCUUUUUUUCACCAGGGGCUGGGCUGGCUGUGCCUUAUAAACGCUGUGAGCAGCGGCCAGGGCUGCCCAAAGCGCCGGGAUUUUCUGCGGGCAGCGCCGGGGCUCGGCCCCGAAAUGCAUUUCCGAAAUUUCCAUUACACCUUCGGCUCGCUCAUCGCCUGCCUGCCAGAUGGGGAGGUCUUCACGCAGCCAGAAACAAGGGCCAAAUUUGAAUCCCUGUUCCGACCCUACGACAGGGACCUCACCUUUCAGUAUUUCAAGAGCUUCAAAAGAGUGAGAAUAAACUUCAGCAACCCUUUGUCUGCAGCAGAUGCCAGGAUCCAGCUGGACAAGACAGAAUUCCUUGGAAAAGAACUCAAACUCUAUUUUGCUCAGACGUUGCACAUCGGGAGCUCCCACCUGGCCCCCCCAAAUCCAGACAAGCAGUUCCUGAUCUCCCCUCCCGCCUCCCCUCCCGUGGACUGGAAACAAGUGGAGGAUGCCACUCCAGUCAUCAACUACGACCUUCUGUACGCAAUUUCCAAGCUAGGGCCAGGGGACAAGUACGAGCUGCACGCGGCCACGGCCACCACUCCCAGCGUGGUCGUCCACGUGUGCGAGAGCGACCGGGAGAGCGACGCCGAGGAGGAGCCCAAAAAACCCAAACCCAAAAUCAUCCAGACCCGCCGGCCCGAUUACACCCCAGCCCACCUCAGCUGAGCCGAGCUUUUCCCAAAAGGAAAUCCAAAAUUCCAAGGGUUUGCAGUGCGAAACUGCCCGGGAACAGCAGCUCCCAGCAGCUGCAGGAGGAGAAUUCCAAGUUUGCUCCAGAGGAGGGAAUUCCGCGCUCGGUUUGGAGUUGAUGCCAUGUGCUGAGUGAAUUCCUGGAUCCUGGGAACAAAGGAUGGGACAAGGGGACAUCCUGGGACAUGACUGGGCUUAUUCUGGGGGAAACUCCUCGUGACACCCGUGAUGGCUGUUUGGAAAACCUUGGGAUAACAGGGUUGGAAAGAUGAUGGGAAUUUUGGGAACUUAACCCUUUUUCUUACACUAGGUUUUGUGCAUGUUUCUUCUUGGUCUUCUCAAGUAAUUUGCUUUCUUUUCUAGAGUUUCUCCCAAGUUUCUGGAAAGCUGGGAAUUGUUUCAAAGUAUUUAUUAUCUCAGCAUCCCAGAAUUCCUCCUGGAUGUGUACAUACAUGAUAUAUUUAUAUUUGGUUUUAUUGGCACUCGUUUUCCAGCAGGAUCCAAUUCCUCCAGCACCUGCUUUGGGUGCUCUGGAAGUUGUGCUUUUUAAAAUUUUAACCUUUGUGGAAUUCCUGCAGAGGGUUUUUACCUGGCAAAGCAGUGGAAAAACGUGCAAUAGGAGAGUUGUUGGAAUACGUGGAUUUUAAAUUAUUUAAGUUCAGGUAAUUUAUAUCUUCAAUAGGAUUUGUUUGGGAGCUUUGACUCGAGGGCAGAAAAACAGACUCACAUAAUGCUGAUGGUGCAUAUUCAGAGCAGGGGGAUUUUUCCAGUGGGGAAAAAAAAAAAAAAACAAACAAAACCUAUGGAGAAACUUGAAUCUGCAUUUUUGGUGAGUAAAGAUUUGAUAGGGAUUGGAAAAUUCCACCCAGGAAGCAGUGAGGAGAGUUGGAGUGCCUUUUCCUUGUCCAUUCCUACUCCAAGAUCUUUUUCUACUGGCUUUGGAUAUCCAAACAUCCAAACUUUCUGAGCUUUGCUUCCAAACUCAGCUGGGAUGAAAUGCUUGAUGCCAAGGAAUGCUGAUUUAAGCAGUGGGGAUAUGUGGGAGAAGCUUUAGGGCUUUUUUUUUUAUGGCAGUGUUUAAAGGCUCCUAAAUGCAAAUUUCAAAGAAGAAAGAUGGCAGAAAUAUUUUAAUAGUGUUUUUUAAACUGGAGAUCCUCGCCUCGAAAGGAUCAGGAUUUUUUUGGGAAGAGACAGGAAUUGCUAUCCACAGAAAAUACCACUUGGGGUCUUGGAAAAGGGAUGUUGGAGCCUCUCAUUGUGUUUUUAGGAAUCAAACUGUGGCUCUCUCUUGGUUUGCUCUUGCCACAGUUAGCCUGAGAAGAGAUUGAAGCAAAUGUUGACUGAAAUUCCUGGCUGACACCUUGGUUUUUUAAAUAAUAUUUGCUUUAAAAAGAGUGGAGCCAUUCCAGGCCAUGGUGCAGGGAAGCAGGUUGUUCUGGAAGGCCUGGAAUUCCUGACUGGAACAGAAAUCUGGGCCUAGAGACCAGGAAUAUACGGAAUUUCCUGCUCUAGCUUGGAUUGUUAUUCCCUGGAAACUGGAACAAAGCCUGGUUCUGGUGUCGGAGUGGCCGUGGCUCCAUGGGAGCUGUUGAGAAGAGCUGAUUCCGUGGAUGGCUGGAGCUGGACACAGGAAAAUCAGAUGAUUUAUUUUGGGGUACCCACAUGCUGCACUCAACGCCCAAAAUAAAGGAAUUAAGUGGAGGAAAACUUCGUAGUUUUGCCACAACUGCCUUGAAGCCUUUCCAAGACCUUUCCAUGUUUCUCAAAGGACUGCUGGACUUUGUGUCUCACCACAUUCAGUUCCAGACACUGGGAAUAAUUCCUGUCCUCUCCUUUUUCCAUGAAAAAUCAAAGCAUGAGUUUGGCAGUAGAAACCUGCUGCUGUGUUCCCUACAAAAGCACAGCUGCUUUUCAAUUCAAACCAUCGAUAAAUCUGAUUUUUGUCAUUUUAAUGCCCGACCCCUGCCUGAGGUGGGAGCCAUGGAAAUCUUGGAACGCUCUCGGUGUGUUCCUGCUUGGAUCUGCCACCUCCUGUCCUCAUGACUCCAGUGUGCUGCUUGCUUUUUCUGGUUAUUUUUGUAAUGUUCCAAUGGAUGCUUAGUUGGUAUUUUAUAUACUUGUAUAGCACGGGGCAGAUUGAAAUUAAAAUAUUUUGUUGUCUUCUUGUAAA